GACGGUGAUUUUACGUUGGGGUCCCUCGGCAUCUUACGUCACCCCGCCGUAGACCAGACCCCUAGAGCUACGACUCCCAACCCCAGGGUAGCAGAGUUCCGCGACAGCUCUGGCCCCGUCGGAUCAGCGUCAGGCGAAGCCUGCAGGGACUUGGAAAAGCGGCCAAAAGCCAACUCUGAUCUCUCGCACCCCGCCCCAAUCCGUGGCCACCUGCACUUUGCGGGCUCUUGCGCCAAACAGCGCUCCCCGGAGCCCCCAAAGGCCUGCCGGGCCCAGGCGCGCACCGGGCGGCACGGGGCUCCUGGAGCCGCCCAGCUCGCGGAGUGGCCCGGGAAUGCGCCAGGGCGGGGGCAGGAAGGACCCCUCUGGAGCCUUCCAGACCUCGGGAAGGCUUCCCGCGGAGACCCACUCUUGGAAAGGUUCCGCGACCACGCGGCGAGGAGCACGUGAGCGGCGCAGCUUCUCUAUAAAAACCCCCCGGCUCUGCCGAGCGUGAGGCUAGCGGAGCGGCAAGACAGUCACCUGCGCCACCUGAGGCCGGGCGACGGUGACAGCCCCUCCAGGACGCUCAAAAGGGUGCCGAGUUUUGAUGCUUUGGACCCUCGGGGGCCGGGCUCAGUGCGUGAGUCUAACUUUGAGGCCGGAAUUGGCGGCACGUAGGCAAAGAGGCGCCGGCGCCGGUAGGCGUGCGUUCCCCAAAAUGCUGAGGGCUUGUUUGACCUUUAGGAGAGUUGGAGGAGUCAGAGGGAUCUCAGGCUAGUUUCUUUCAUGUUCUCCACCAAGGAGACAGCCACGAGCGCUCGGGAUCGUCCUCAGAGAAGCCCGGGAGGCCCACGGGCAGCCCGCGGCCCCCGCGCCCCCGCCCCUGCCGCCCAUUAAGCCGCGGGUGAGUUCACCGCCCCGCGGAAGGACGUUCCCAUAAAGUCGGACGCCUUUAGCAGAUAAAGUUCGAGCAGCUCUCCUCCGCUCGGUCCCCGUCACCUCGGCGACCCCUCUUCCCGCGGCAGGCGCGGACGGGGAGAUGGCCGCGGGCUGGGCGGCCGGCGCGGGCGCUUCCCGGCGCAAAGAGGCGCCGCGCGCGUAGCCGCCGCCGCCGCCACCGCCACGCUGACCUCCCGCCGGCUGCUGUGCUGAGCCCCCGGCGGCGGGCGAAGGCUGACGCCCAGAGGGCCGGGAGGCGGCGGCGUCAGCGGCCCGAGGGUCCGUAUGGCCGCCCCGCGCCUGCCGGUGGUGUGCGCCGCGGAACUCGCCGGCGGCGCCUCGGGCUCGGGGCGGCUCUGAGCCGCGCCGCCUGCGGGGAUCGACCUAGCUGCUCCGCGGAGCCGCGGGCAGGAACCGAGGACCAGGAGGCGGCGGCGACUAUUCCUCCCAGAGGGCGAUGUGGCCGGCCGGCGCGGGCACCAGGCUGCCCUGUCCCCGGGACUCUGCGCUCCGGCGGGCGGCUUUCUCCGGAAACCUCAACGCCCUGCCUUCUCACCUCGUGCCCGCCGGGCGAAGCGUGCGGGUCUUCAUCAGCGCCAACCCUGAAGACACAGGAGCAGAAAGACAGGCACUAAGAGAAAAUGUGUAUCCUAAAUUGAGAGAAUUCUGCAGAGAAAACUAUGGAUUAGAAUUUCAGGUCAUAGAUCUCUACUGGGGCAUCGAUGAGGACGAGUGGGACAGCCCCGAGCUCCAGAAGACACGCAUGAAGCAGCUGGAGGAGUGUUUGAAAACUUCCGCAGGUCCAUGUUUUGUUGGACUAUUAGGAGAAAAAUAUGGGAACAUCCGAAUCCCCGGAGAAGUCGAAGCCUCGGAGUUUGAAAUGAUCUUGGAUGCUGCCAUAGAGGCGAAGCUGGAGACGAAGCUCCUGGAAGAGUGGUACUGUCGCGAUGAGAACUCGGUGCCAGCGGCUUAUUACCUCAGACCUAAGUCAGAAAUGCUGCAAAGCAAUAAAAAUGCAAUGCAGCCUUCUGCCAAAGCCAACAAUGAGAAGACCUGGCAAGAGAUAUCAGAUGAGAUCAAGAAGAUAUUCAAGGCUGCUGUAAAACUGUUACAUGAAAAGGGGAAAAUGAAAUAUAGCCAAGCUAGGAGGUACCUGUUCUCAGCGAUAGAGGACGAGUUUGACUUUGCUCUAGGAAAGCAAACUCCAGCAUUCCUAAAGAAGUGUGUCUGCUACAUUCGGAAAAUUGCGAACAUUGAACGUUUUGUGAAAAUCCCAGAGAUGGGAAAGUACAUGGAUAUAACUGGAGCAGAACCAAGGAUUAUGCGGGACGCAGAAGCCCAAGAGAAGCUGAUAAAACUCAGGGAUGAAUUUAUUCCUACUAUUGUUGCGUCAUCUAAUCUGAGAGUGUACACGUCGGUUACUCAUUGCGACAUGAAACUGGGAUAUUCCCAAGAAAUAGAAAAUCAUUACAUAGAAGGACUCGGUAAGCAAUUUUAUGAGGACAUGAUCGAUAUAAUUCAGGCAACCGUUCAACAGAAUUUUGACACCGAAACUGACACGCUCUACGAUGAAAUCCUCCAGCAUUCGUCAUUAUGUAAGACAUACGCCUCCUUCUAUGAGUACAAAUGUGAGUCUCUCAACAUAGUGCAUAAAUAUGUUCUUCCGAGCAAAACUGGGCACAUCAACCCUCUCGUCAUAUACGGCGGACCAUGUACCGGGAAGACCCUCCUGCUGGCUGAGGUGGCAAAGAAGGCUUAUGGCUGGCUACAUGAAGACACAGGACCAGAAUCUGACCCAGUAGUCGUCGUGAGAUUUCUAGGAACCACAGACAUGAGUACUGACCUUAAGACUCUCCUUCUAAGCGUUUGUGAACAAUUGGCAGUUAACUACCGGUGUCUGGUUCAAAGCUAUCCUAAGAAAAUCCAUGACCUUCGUGACUUAUUUAUAAACCUUUUGAAUGAGUCUUCAUUGCAGAGACCUCUAGUAAUAAUAUUCGAUGCCCUAGAGCAGCUCUCAGAGGGUGAUGAGGCCAGGAAGCUUUGGUGGCUCCCAGCUCAUCUUCCCCGCUUUGUUCGAAUAGUCCUGUCCACACUGCCCAAUAGACAUGGAAUCUUACAGAAACUGAGGUGCCUUAUCCACGAAGAAGCCAACUAUAUCGAGCUGAUUCCCCGGGACAGGAAGAUGUGCAGCCAGGUCCUCAAACACCAGCUGCUGCGGGUCAAAAGGAAGGUCACAUCAGGCCAGCAGAUUUAUGUGAACAACGCAUUCUCCAAGUGCACGCUGCCCAUGUUUGUGAACCUGACCUUCAGGGAGGUGAGGCAUUGGAGAUCUCAUAAAGACGUCGAUGAAUCCUCCCUCUGUGUCACCGUUCAUGAAAGUAUUGAGCAGCUAUUCUGGUCCUUGGAAAAGAAGUGUGGUCAGAAACUGGUCUCUAGGGCUCUUGGUUACAUCACCAUGGCCAAAAUGGGUUUGAGUGAAAUGGAACUGGAGGAUGUGUUGGCCCUAGACAACAGUGUCAUGAAUGAGCUCAAUGAGAACGCUAGGCCCAGCAAUCCCCUGAGAGUACCUUAUCUGUACAUCGCGAGGCUCAAGGAAGGUCUCAGCGGAUACUUGAUAGAAAGACACGUGAAGAACGUCACACUCCUGGUCUGGGCCAACAGACACCUGCACCUCAUAGCCCAGAAGUUGUAUCUGCAGGACGACAGUGACCUGCGUGAAAUGCACACCAUCCUGGCAGACUACUUCCUGGGAGUCUGGUCAGGGGGCAGGAGGAAAGCUUUCUGCCUCGAAGACCCCUACUUGAAUGGCUGCCUUGACUUGGAGAGCAGAAGCCUGCUGGAGGAAGAAAAGCACUUCAUGGAACAGGCCUCCUUUGACAGACAGGCUCCCGACCAGCCCUGGGUUUUCCAGUGUAAUCCCCUGGAGCCGGACAUCUUUUUCGUCAAUCAUCGGAAAAUGUCUGAGCUCUUGCACCACCUGACAAGGUGUGGAAAAACCGAAGAUCUGCUUUACGGAAUCAUCAUGAACUUCAGCUGGCUUUACACCAUGAUCAAAAUCGGCCAGUUCGACAAAGUGCUUUCAGACAUCGAGCUGGCUUACACCUACUCUCAAGAGAAGGAGCUGAAGUUCCUGGCGAGCACUCUCCGUGGCAUCAAAAACAAGGUCACUGCAUUUCCGGGCUCCCUUUCAGCAGAGCUUCAGCAAAGACUGCUGCCUGUCGUGAGUUCCCUGCCCAAACUUAGACACCUCCUUUUAGAAUGUGACAAAGACGGGCCCAAAUAUUGCUCCAUUGUGCCGUUACAUUCAUCCAUGGACGUGACAUAUAGCCCAGAGCGUCUUCCUUUGUCAUCUAGUCACCUGCAUGUCACCGAGAUUCUGCCCACCUGUAACCCGAGUACUGUCCUUGCAGCUUUAGAAAAUGGUUCCAUCAGCACGUGGGAUGUGGAAACUCGUCAGCUGCUCAGGCAAAUCACCACAGCCCAGUCUGUCAUCCUGGGCAUGAAACUCACCAGUGACGAGAAGUAUCUUGUGGUGGCUACGACAAAUAACACCUUGUUGGUUUAUGACAAUGUGAAUUCUUGUCUUCUGUCUGAAGUGGAAAUCAAAGGGACCAAGCAUGGAAGCGGCUCCACCUACAUCAAUGGAUUUACCCUGUCGGUCAACCACGCCCUUGCGUGGCUUGAAGCCAGCAAAGAUGUCACUGUCAUCGAUCUGCUCUACGGAUGGCCCCUUUACCAGUUCCACUGCUGGUACGAAGUGACCUGUGUCCAGUGCUCUCUGGAUGGCAUGUAUGCUUUCUGUGGACAGUACCUGAACACCACUACCAUAUUUCAUUUAGGGAGUGGAGAAAAGUUAUGUACAGUGACAUCUGAAUUUUCGGGUGGGUUUGUGAAGUUUCUUCUUAUCUUGGACACGGCUCAAGAAAUGGUAAUGGUAGAUAGUGAGGGAAGCCUUUCUGUUUGGAAUACUGAGGACAUUUCCAGUCCCCAGCUGACUGACGACUUUGACUGCAGAAGAGAAGACAGCGAGGUGGUCAGCAUUGAACUUUCAGAGGACCAAAACGCAAUUCUGAUCUGUAAAGCCCUCAGCAUCGAGCUCUUAGAUACUGGCAUGUGGAAGGUGGCUGAAAAGUUCAGAGCUAAGCACAAUGAACGCUUUAUAUCUGCCGUGCUGUCCAAGAAUGGAGACUGCAUCAUCGCGACCAUGGAAAAUACCUCAGCUGUGUUUUUUUGGAGGCGGGACACGGGACAAUGUAUGGCAAGCUUACAGGAAAUCUCAGGGACCAUCGUCAAGUUGGUGAAAUCUAGUCACCACAACAUGCUGCUAUCUUUAUCAACCAGUGGUGUUCUUUCCAUCUGGGAUAUAGAUAUAAUUACGGCUAUGUCCAACAUAGAUAAGACUGGGAAGCCCAUCCAAAGCCUGGUGUUACCUGCUAGAGGGGAAAUCAUUUAUUCCCUCGAUGGCUCUGAUUGUGUCCAUAAGUGGAAUUUCAGCAGUGGGUUCCUUGAAGCAGUGUUUAAGCAUGAAGGAAUAGUCGAACACUGCGUGUUGACAUCCUCUGGAGAUGUAAUGGUGACCUCAGAUGACAAAAGCAGCCAGUAUGUCUGGCACACCAGCAGUGGCGAAAACCUCUUCCGAAUUAACGGGCAGAGAAUAUCUCAGCUGCUAAUUACACACAAUGACCAGUUUGUGGUCUCUCUGUGUGAGGAAAAUGCCUCCAGGGUUUGGAGACUGGCCACAGGCCACAGGGUCUGCAACAUUUUGACCACUUUGCAGAAUGCCUUUAUCACCUCAGCGAAUACCUUCGUGGUGGGAAUGACCAAAAGCAAAGUGCUGGCGGUCAGUCUCUGGACCGGAAGCAUCACCAAGAAAUUUUGUUGUGAAGACGGCACGACCAUUGUAAGUUUUAAAUUGAUCCCUGACUGUCCUGACAUCAUUGUGUUUAUCACAUCGGCCGAGACCGUGAAUAUCUGGAGUCUGACCGAUGAGGUGAUCUGUCGCCGUGUGCAGCUUCCCAACAACUUCUUGAAAAAUCUGGAGGAUUUCGAAAUUUCUCCCAACGGAAAGCUAGGCAUUAUAUCCAGGGGAGACGAUAAUAUCAACGUACUGGAUUUGCACAGCGGUAAGUUACGGGUGGUUCACGCCUCUGGGGUCAUCUGGCGGCAAAGGCUGUCUCGAGAUGGUCGCUACCUGGUAUACAUUUGUUUCCGAAACGGGGAGGAAGAGGACGAGAACGGCGUGACAUCCAGUUUGAUUGUAAUGAGACUGGCUGACGGCAAAAUUAUCGGUGCUUGUUCCCUUUACAAAACGCCAACUUUUCUUGCCCUCUCACAGAGGCACCUGAACAUCAUAGUGGGUUUUGAUGAUGGCAGUAUAGGGAUAUACACGGUGGUCGACCGUGUGGAUGCUGCACUGAAAAUCAAGAUCGCCACGUCAAAUAGCAGGCAGAUUUUCAACAACGCGACACAGGCCUCCCGGCCGAAGUGUAGCAGUUACUGUUUCAAAGUGUCUGUGGAUUGCUUAUGGAGAGAGUCUACUGAGGUCUUUGCCAGAGACAGUCCCAUCACGGUGAGCGACUCCACUGAGCCCAGUGAGGCGACACCCUCCAAGAAACACAAUCCCUGCUGUGACCGCGGGUGCUCCGCCCUGGAAUCCAGGGGCCACAGCUAUGCCCCCGACAACUGACAGAACGCUUUUCCUGCUCAGCAGACAUGAACGAUACACAUACAAAAGGGGGGGAAAAAGUAUCUUCUGUAUCCCAAAUGAUAAACUACUCAUUUCUUGAAAGACAGGACAGAUACUGAAGUUCCAGUGUUAACGUGCUUGACAAAGGCACAGAAAUGUGGAACUGGUUUGGAGUUUGCUCUUCUUUUUUUUUUUUUUGGGGGGGGGGGGAGUGUCAAAAUUAAUCCGGGAAUGAAGUCUUGACCGAGAAUGUCUCAAAAUGGUGUUUAAUCGGCUACAUCAACUGAAAGUCAGGGGAAUAUUUUUUAAAUCAGCUGUGUGGGAAGCAGCCGCAGAACCCACACCACGGGUUCAGAUGACAGAGGCUAGAACUAUAAACAGACUGCUCGGACUGGGGUUAGUUCUACAGAAAUCACUGGGAGCUGUGAACGUAACGAUUGUGUGGCCGUAAGUAAACAGAGCCUUAAUCUCUCCUUACAUUUUACCAGCCUGACAACUGUGUAAACCCAGUCUACGGAUGGGAGGUCAGAGGUGCAAAAUAACGUAACAAAACGCCCCCAGUGUACUCCCAGUGUCCCAAGGGAAAGGCCGUGAAACGUGGGGCCACAUAUUGUACUGAGCACGAGCGCUAAGUUAACCACUAUCCUAGGGCUACCGAACACGCAGAGUCGGUCUUCGUUAAGACACAGCUGGGACAGUUGCACGCAAGGGAUUCCCUGUCACGGAACAUAACGAUUUUUAAACGACUUCCUGGGCUGCAGGAGAACACAUUGAAUACGGACACGCCAUCUUCUCGUGUCUUUUUGGAAUGACUAUUUGUGCCAGGUGUAAAGAAUUACAGAGAGGGCAUCACAGAUUGGGUCAAGACAUCUGUUCAUUUCCAUCCUUGUACUAACACAAGCCUGUGCUGCUCGGUUAGUUCUAUGGAAGCAUACACUAGUUCCUAAAUCCCUGAAGUAAAUCCUACCAGAAAGAAAGCUUUCUCAACACGCCGUCUUAUGAAACACUGAUGACAUUUGCCUUAUUCUUACUCCUCCUCUUUCCUGUGUAAAACGCAGAUAGAUGACCAAAUACUCGGGGACAACUGAAUAUGCCUGUCUUUGUGCUAAAAUAUUCCAUAAAUCUUAAGGAUGUCCAGAAGUUCCUGAUUGUCCCUGUUUGUAAUCACUUUCUUACUUCCCCACACUCUAUGUAUGCUUCUCCCUCUGUCAGCCUUUUUCUGCUCAAGGGCUCUUUGGGGCUCUUUUAUAAUCGCACCCAUUCAAAGCAGAAGCUGUGAAAUGGUAUCAAACACUUUUUAAACACGACUUCACUUAUUUAAAAGAAAAUAAUCACGUCUCCAAAGAGGGAAAGUGAUUUUCUUCCUUCCAUAUCCUCCACGUGGCAUGUCCUCGGAUGACUGUGCGAAGGGUGUCUGUCAGUAGCGGGGGUCUGGUUUGGCUCGGAAGUGACAGCAGUGACGCGUGUCAGCAGGAUAAUGGCCAAGGAAACGAUGCGCUGUCAGCCCAGCUCUACCAGGAACUCGCCGCGUAUGCCUAGACAGAUCUUUAGCCUCUCUGCUAUACCGUUUUUGUAAACGGCAAAACAAAGGUAGUGAUAGCUUCUGCUCUAGUCGUUAUAUAAGGAAUGGUGAGGACCAGUGUGAGAAAAAAAGGUAGGGACGUCUUGACUGUUUUUGCUAGUGGGAGAAGCAGUGAUCUGAUCCACAGGGAAUCCAAGCUCAUUGCAUUUCACUUUGGAAAGCAGUUUGACACAUAAGCAUACAGAGAUGGGAUUCAGAUAUAAACACCCUACUCCGUGGUGAAAGACUUUUUUCCAGUAUAUUCCUCCUGGUCUAGCUACCAGCCAGAAAGGGGGUAGCCCAGAGAAGGCCCAGUCCACGUAGAAAUCACCUGAAGUUGAUUAUAUGAGUCAAUUGCCUUCUGAGGCAACACAUUCCUAUUCCUGUCAUGAUCAGUUGGACCGCCAUGCCACACAUUUCUAAGAAUUAAAUGCCUAGAUGGAUUAAAUGUAGUGUGUGAAUAUUCUAUGUAACAGCCAAUAGAGUUUAACAAGUGACUUGAAUGAUUUUUCCUACCUUGUUUGCAACUGAUAGCUCAUAUUGAAUGUUUUUAUGUAAACUUUGUAUUGUUGGGAAGAAUUACCCAAUCAGAGAUUUAUAUUUUCAUAAAUGUUACAUUUAGUUAAAUUUUAUUACAGAGUUGUUACACUAGAAAAUUAUUGCGGUCUUCAAACAAUGUACAGUCUUGUGUAUGUAUUGUUUGUAUGAAUAAAAAGAUAAACUACUUA